GGGUCCCUGCGCCGGGCUGGCCCCGAGGAGGCGCAGCGCGUUGAGCGGGGCGCACGAGCAUGGGCUCCUAAGCGGCCCGCGCGCGGCGGAGGACGCGAACCCAAGGCGGGCGGAGCGGCCCCAGCCCGGCUGCGGGCACCAUGGACAAGCUCCCGCCGUCCAUGCGCAAGCGGCUCUACAGCCUCCCGCAGCAGGUGGGGGCCAAGGCGUGGAUCAUGGACGAGGAGGAGGACGCCGAGGACGAGGGUGCCGGGGGCCGUCAGGACCCGCGCCGCAGGAGCAUCCGGCUGCGGCCGCUGCCCUCGCCCUCGCCCUCGCCCUCGGCGGCUGCGGAGUCUCGGGGCGCGGCCCUCGGGGCGGCGGACAGCGAUGCGCCGGGCCGCAGCGCGGCCAAGUCCAGCACCAACGGCGACUGCAGGCGCUUCCGCGGGAGCCUGGCCUCGCUGGGCAGCCGGGGCGGCGGUGGGGCGGGGGGUGGCGGCAGCCACGGGCACCUGCAUGACUCCGCCGAGGAGCGGCGGCUCAUCGCCGAGGGUGACACGUCCCCCGGCGAGGACAGGACGCCCCCAGGCCUGGCAGCCGAGCCCGAGCGCCCAGGUGCCGCGGCGCAGCCCGCAGCCUCCCCGCCACCCACCCAGCACCCAGCCUCGGCCUCCCUCGAGCAGCCCGCGGCGGACACCGCGAUCAAAGUGGAGGGAGGCGCGGCCGCCAGCGAUCAGAUCCUCCCGGAGGCCGAGGUGCGCCUGGGCCAGGCCGGCUUCAUGCAGCGCCAGUUCGGAGCCAUGCUCCAGCCCGGGGUCAACAAAUUCUCUCUGAGGAUGUUCGGCAGCCAGAAAGCCGUGGAGCGUGAGCAGGAGAGAGUGAAGUCCGCCGGGUUCUGGAUUAUCCACCCCUACAGCGACUUCAGAUUUUACUGGGACCUGACCAUGCUGCUGCUGAUGGUGGGAAACCUGAUCAUCAUCCCCGUGGGCAUCACCUUCUUCAAGGAUGAGAACACCACACCCUGGAUUGUCUUCAAUGUGGUAUCAGACACUUUCUUCCUCAUCGACUUGGUCCUCAACUUCCGCACAGGAAUCGUGGUUGAGGACAACACAGAGAUCAUCCUGGACCCACAGAGGAUUAAAAUGAAGUACCUGAAAAGCUGGUUUGUGGUGGACUUCAUCUCCUCCAUCCCCGUGGACUACAUCUUCCUCAUUGUGGAGACGCGCAUUGACUCUGAGGUUUACAAGACCGCCCGGGCCCUGCGCAUUGUCCGCUUUACCAAGAUCCUCAGCCUCCUGCGCCUCCUGCGUCUCUCCCGCCUCAUUCGAUAUAUUCACCAGUGGGAAGAGAUCUUCCACAUGACCUAUGACCUGGCCAGCGCUGUGGUGCGCAUCGUGAACCUCAUCGGCAUGAUGCUCCUGCUCUGCCACUGGGACGGCUGCCUGCAGUUCCUGGUGCCCAUGCUGCAGGACUUCCCCAGUGAUUGCUGGGUGUCCCUCAAUGACAUGGUGAACAACUCCUGGGGGAAGCAGUACUCCUACGCCCUCUUCAAGGCCAUGAGCCACAUGCUGUGCAUCGGGUAUGGGAAGCAGGCGCCCGUGGGCAUGUCUGACGUCUGGCUCACCAUGCUCAGCAUGAUCGUGGGUGCCACCUGCUAUGCCAUGUUCAUUGGCCAUGCCACCGCCCUCAUCCAGUCCCUGGACUCCUCCCGCCGCCAGUACCAGGAGAAGUAUAAGCAGGUGGAGCAGUACAUGUCCUUCCACAAGCUCCCGCCUGACACUCGGCAGCGCAUCCACGACUACUAUGAGCACCGCUACCAGGGCAAGAUGUUUGAUGAAGAGAGCAUUCUGGGCGAGUUGAGCGAGCCACUGCGGGAGGAGAUCAUUAACUUUAACUGCCGGAAGCUGGUGGCUUCCAUGCCACUGUUUGCCAACGCGGACCCCAACUUUGUGACAUCCAUGCUGACCAAGCUACGCUUUGAGGUAUUCCAGCCCGGGGACUACAUCAUCCGUGAGGGCACCAUUGGCAAGAAGAUGUACUUCAUCCAGCACGGCGUGGUCAGCGUGCUCACCAAGGGCAACAAAGAGACUAAGCUGGCUGACGGCUCCUAUUUUGGAGAGAUCUGCCUGUUGACCCGGGGCCGGCGCACGGCCAGUGUGAGGGCCGACACUUACUGCCGCCUGUACUCGCUGAGUGUGGACAACUUCAACGAGGUGCUGGAGGAGUACCCCAUGAUGCGACGGGCCUUCGAGACCGUGGCACUGGACCGCCUGGACCGCAUCGGCAAGAAGAACUCCAUCCUCCUCCACAAAGUCCAGCAUGACCUCAACUCAGGAGUCUUCAAUUACCAGGAGAAUGAGAUAAUCCAGCAGAUUGUACAGCACGACCGUGAGAUGGCCCACUGUGCACACCGAGUCCAAGCUGCCGGCUCUGCCACCCCGACCCCCACGCCUGUCAUCUGGACUCCACUGAUCCAGGCACCGCUGCAGGCCGCUGCCGCCACCACGUCUGUGGCCAUCGCCCUCACCCACCACCCUCGCCUGCCUGCUGCCAUCUUCCGCCCUCCACCAGGACCUGGGCUAGGCAACCUUGGGGCUGGGCAGACGCCCAGGCAUCUGAAGAGGCUGCAGUCCCUGAUCCCGUCGGCACUGGGCUCUGCCUCACCCGCCAGCAGCCCGUCCCAGGUGGACACUCCAUCCUCCUCCUCCUUCCACAUCCAACAGCUGGCUGGGUUUUCUGCGCCCGCUGGACUGAGCCCCCUCCUGCCGUCCUCCAGCUCUUCCCCGCCACCCAGGGCCUGUGGCUCCCCACCAGCCUCCACACUGUCCUGUGCCGCAGCUGCCACCACCACGGCUGGGUUUGGCCACUUCCACAAGGCGCUGGGUGGCUCCUUGUCCUCCUCUGACUCCCCGCUCCUUACCCCACUGCAGCCGGGCGCCCGCUCCCCACAGGCCGCCCAGCUGCCACCCCUGCUGCCGGGUGCCCGGGGAGGCCUGGGACUCCUGGAGCACUUCCUGCCACCCCCGCCCUCAUCCAGGUCCCCAUUGUCCAGCCCUGGGCAGCUGGGCCAGCCUCCUGGGGAGUUGUCCCCAGGGCUGGCCGCUGGCCCACCAAGUACACCAGAAACACCCCUACGGCAGCCUGAGCGACCAUCCUUUGUGGCGGGGCCUUCUGGGGGGGCUUCCCUGGUAGCCUUUACCCCCCGAGGAGGCUUCAGUCCCCCCAGCCACAGCCCAGGCCCCCCAAGAACUUUCCCCAGUGCCCCGCCCCGGGCUUCUGGCUCCCAUGGCUCCUUGCUCCUGCCACCUGUAUCCAGCCCUCCCCCAGCCCAGGUCCCGCAGCGCCAGGGCACACCUCCCCUCACCCCUGGCCGCCUCACCCAGGACCUCAGGCUCAUCUCCGCCUCUCAGCCAGCUCUCCCCCAGGAUGGGGCACAGACUCUCCGCCGAGCCUCCCCACACUCCUCGGGGGAGUCUGUGGCCGCCUUCCCGCUUUUCCCCAGGGCCGGGGCUGGCAGCGGGGGCCUUGGUCCUCCUGGGAGGCCCCCUGGUGCCACACCCGGCCAGCAUGUCACCCUGCCUCGGAAGACAUCCUCAGGUUCUCUGCCACCCCCUCUUUCUUUGUUUGGGGCAAGAGCCACAUCUUCUGGGGGGCCCCCUCUGACUGCUGCAACCCAGAGGGAACCUGGGGCCAGGUCUGAGCCAGUGCGUUCCAAACUGCCGUCCAAUCUAUGAGUGGGGCCCUCCCUCCCCUCUUUCUUCCCCCUCCCUUCUUUCUUUCAGGUUUAACUGUGAUUAGGAGAUAUACCAAUAACAAUAAUAAUUAUCAUUAAAAAACCCCACACACACCCCAGAAAAAACAAAAGACAGCAGAAAAUAACCAGGUAUUCUUUAGAGCUAUAGAUUUUUGGUCACUUGCUUUUAUAGACUAUUUUAAUACUCAGCACUAGAGGGAGGGAGGGACGGGGGAGCAGGCAAGGCCCAGAGGCAGAAGCCGGAGGAAGACAGGAGGGGACUUUGGGGCGGGGUGGGUGGAGGUGACCCUUGUUGGGGUUCCUGCAGCAGACCUGUCAUUGUAUUCACUUUGGAGCAAGAGCUCCCGUCAGCCCCUUGGGUGUGAACUUGGAGCCCCACUCUGAUGGGACUCCAGGAAGGGACUGCCUUGGGUGUUUUUCUGGGGACCCUCAGACUCUUGAGUCCUUGGGACAAGGGACAAACUCGGGCCAGGGCCCCAAGGGCCUUGCGUUUUUUUCUACUGUAACUGUAGCGAGAUAAUGUAUAUGAAUAUGUCUAUGUAUAUGUAUGUAAGAUGUGUAUAUGUAUAGCUAUGUAGCGCUCUGUAGAGCCAUGUAGAUAGCGACUCACACGUGCGCACAUGCGUGUGCGAUCCAGUUUCACCCUGUUGCCAGGAUACCCAGGUCACCUCACAUCCAGCAAUCAGCCGUGGCUCUCAGGCUGGGCGCUGCAGGCUCUGGGGGACAUUCUCUCUCAGUCCUCAGGAAAGAGGACCCCCAGGACCUCCAGCAGGCUCCCUUUUUCCCAUCUCGGGGCCCAUGUCCAGCCCCAGCCCCAGCCCAGCCUCUCUGAAUGUGGAAGCAGAAGACUCCCGGCUGAGCUUCUCUCUUCCCAGGGUCCCAAGCACACUCUGUCUCCUCCGUGUCCCUUGGUUUUCCCAGCUGCACAGCGGGAGGCGAGGGAGCUUCUAUUUAUUGAGUCCUCUUUGUGCCAAGCACUGGUUUUGCACUUUACACAUUAACUCCUUCAGUUUCACAAAGGCUGUGAGGUAGGUACUUUGAUUCUCCCCAUUUCACAGAUGAGGAAAUUGAGUUCGGGGUAAUUUUCCCAGAAUCACGGCAGUAGCAGUGGCAGAGCUGAGACUGACUAGAGGUUCGAAUCCAUCCUGGCUGAAGCCAAAGCCUAUGUCCCUUCCAUCAGAAACUGUAUUCGGGGCUGGGGAUGUAGCUCAGUGGCACCACACCUGCCUCCCAAGCAUAAGGUCCUAAGUUUGAUCCCCAGUACCGGAAAAAAAAAAGAAAACUGUGUUUGAUGGUCCCCAAGCAAGGUGUGGAGGGAAGAGAUCCAAGUUUAGCAACAGUUAGGUCUGGGUUCAAAUUCCAGCCCUGCCACUUAGCUGUGUGACCUUGGGCAAGUUAUCUGACCUUUCUGAGUCUCUUACCUCAUUUGUAAAAUGAGAAUAAUUAUGGUACUGCCUCACAAAAACCUAUGAGGACCAGAGAAGAAAAAGAAUGUGAAAUGCCCAGCCCAGUGCCUGGCACACAGCAUAGUAGGUGCUCAAUAAAUCACAUUUCUUCUGCUCUUCCUCAUGUACCCAGCCCAUUACUCCUGUGAGCUAUGGUGAAAACCCAGGGAGCUUUGAAUGAGGGCUCCAAGACUUAAAAUCUCAGGACUCAGGAGGUGGCUGGACCUCCCUAAGGGCCCAAGAAAGGUAUGGGGGUGCAGUUGGGCCAGACCUUGAGACGUGGAAGAGCUGGAGGAGGGCAGGGAGGGAGGAGGGGCAGGGGGUUGGAACGCACAGUGAGAGGUUGCUGGGUGGAUGUGGGGUUUGGAGCAGCUUUGGGAGCAGAUCCAUAGCUGGGGGGUCAGAGGGAGGGUCUAGCACGCUACAUCAAGGGGGUGAGUUGUGCUUGGUUCUGAGGGCGACCAGGAGCCACAGGCAGAUUCCCAUGGAAAAGCAGCUCAGAUGCCUCCUGGGGCUCUCCCGGCCUCCCCAGCAGGACCCCCGCAGAACCAAGGUCAAGCAGAGGUGGGUCUGGCUGCAGGACUGGAAUAGCGCAGAGGGCUGACCCUACCAUGUCCAUGCAGAGCUCACAAUAGGCCAGGGUAUUGGCCCAGUCCGGCUUGGUUCUGCACCGUCCCAGGACGUGAGGCAGGCUGGAUUCUCUGUGAUGGGCUGGGGGCCGGGGGGCUGCAGGCAAUAACCCAGGAGACAAGGGGCGAAGCUCUGUGAUCCUUGGUCCUAGUUCCUCCUGGACUAGAGAAGCUUUGUAGGCCCAGGAGUCCUUCAGACCUGCAAGGAUUUAAACGGCUGCAGCCUGAGUUGUGUGUGCCCCAUUCCCCCACCCCCAAGGAAGGCAGCUCAGAGAGGACAGCAGGACUUGAUCCAAACCGGUCUAGUCUUGGAGGUGGCAGAAAUGGAAAUGGAGGGUCCGGGCCACAAGGAGUGAGGAGCCCCUUGCCAUCAGGGCCUGGCCUAGUCACCCUCUUCUCUAUUCACAUGCAUUUUAUAAAAGCUCUGACCCACCCCAGGCACUCCUCUGGGACUGUGAGGCGGCCCAGUCCAGCCUGUGGGCACUCCCAUCCCAUCUCCCACGAGCAAUUUUCAAAUCUUCCACUUUUAAAACAGAUAACGGUGAAUGCGCCGUAUUGUAUAUUUUAUUUAAAUAAAAAAAUUCCAGCA